AUGGCCGCUCCCGCGCACAAGUUCAAGGUCGCCGACCUGUCCCUCGCUGCCUUCGGGCGCAAGGAGAUUGAGCUGGCGGAGAACGAGAUGCCCGGUCUCAUGUCCAUUCGCACCAAGUAUGCCGCCGACCAGCCGCUCAAGGGCGCCCGCAUUGCCGGCUGCCUGCACAUGACUAUCCAGACCGCCGUUCUCAUCGAGACGCUCGUUUCGCUCGGUGCCGAGGUUACCUGGUCCUCGUGCAACAUCUUCAGCACCCAAGACCACGCCGCUGCGGCCAUUGCGGCGGCCGGUGUCCCCGUCUUUGCCUGGAAGGGCGAGACCGAGGAGGAGUACAACUGGUGCUUGGAGCAGCAGCUUGUUGCCUUCAAGGACGACAAGAAGCUCAACCUGAUCCUCGACGACGGUGGUGAUCUCACCCACCUUGUGCACACCAAGUACCCUGACCAGCUCAAGGAUUGCUACGGCCUGUCCGAGGAGACCACCACUGGCGUUCACCAUCUGUACCGCAUGCUCAAGAAGGGCGAGCUUCUUGUUCCUGCCAUCAACGUCAACGACUCGGUUACCAAGUCCAAGUUCGACAACCUCUACGGCUGCCGCGAGUCCCUGGUGGACGGCAUCAAGCGCGCCACCGACGUGAUGGUUGCUGGCAAGAUUGCGGUCGUUGCUGGUUUCGGUGAUGUCGGCAAGGGCUGCGCUGUUGCCCUCCGUGACAUGGGUGCCCGCGUGCUCGUCACCGAGAUUGAUCCCAUCAACGCCCUCCAGGCCGCCAUGGCCGGGUACGAGGUCACGACGAUGGACAAGGCCAGCCGUGUUGGUCAGAUCUUUGUCACCACCACUGGCUGCCGUGACAUUCUCGUUGGGAAGCACUUUGAGGCUAUGCCCAACGACGCCAUUGUUUGCAACAUUGGCCAUUUCGACGUUGAGAUUGAUGUCGCCUGGCUCAAGGAGAACGCCCAGUCUGUGCAGAACAUCAAGCCCCAAGUUGACCGCUUCCUGAUGAAGAGCGGCCGCCAUGUCAUCCUCCUUGCUGAGGGUCGUCUGGUUAACCUUGGCUGUGCGACUGGCCACAGCUCCUUCGUCAUGUCCUGCAGCUUCACCAACCAGGUCCUGGCACAGAUCAUGCUCUACAAGAGCAAUGACGAGGCCUUUGCCAAGAAGUACGUCGAGUUCGGCAAGAGCGGCAAGCUCGAGACCAAGGUCUACGUCCUGCCCAAGAUCCUCGAUGAGGAGGUUGCCCGUCUCCACUUGGCUCACGUCAAUGUCGAGCUUACUUCCUUGACUAAUGUUCAGGCCGAGUACCUCGGCCUCGAUGUCGAGGGCCCUUAUAAGACCGACCAUUACCGCUACUAA